GCCAGUUGACCAGGUUGGCCCGCACCUCAGCUGCCUUUGCGGCGAUGAUGUUGGUGGGGACUGCAGCGUCCACAGCCCCGCGGAUAUCCAUCUUGAAAUGAUCUAGUACAGUUUAUGUGACUAUGUUUUCAACUCCCCCUGAAAGGAAAACAACACAACCAACAGCAGCAAGGAUAAUCAUUAUCGUCAUAGAAGGUGUGUCCCUGGUUUGGACAGAUGAUAUGUUGCAGAUUCACUGUUUGAUGUAUUAUGAUCUAUAUAACUCCUAAUGCUGAUGACUCGAAUGAAGCUCCUUGGUUAACUGGGUCACUGAUGCUUUUUUUCCACCAUCCAUCUCCACCAAGAUGUAUUUCAGAGGAGACAUCGGGAAAACAUAGAGGAAAGGAGCAAGGUGCGUGGAUUUCUUAUGACCGGAUGGAGACUUGAACCUCACAAGGCGGGUGAGGGCUCAUGGCCGGAGCAUGCCAUGCGUUAGACCACUGAGGCAGUGGGAGGUCAGGCCCACGUCCGCUCUCCUGGGGAUCAGACGCACCAGGGCCCUGAUGUGGCAGCGGAUGCGUAGACUGGCCCGAGCCUGCAGACACAGUGUGGGGUACAGAGUGAACUACAAUGACUCGGUCCAAGAAGAGCAGGAGAUGGUGUGCCUUGAGCCCAUGGGAUCAGAGCGGAUGGAGAUGCGAAAGAGGCAGAUGUCGGUGCAGCAGGAGUCGGCAGCAGGGGGAACUGCACCGGCCCAGCAGGGCCAGCCGGGCCAGGCCAACCAACGGGGCUCGAACGCGUGUUGCUUCUGCUGGUGCUGCUGCUGUAGUUGUUCCUGGAAUGAAGACCGGGAUGACAGGAAUCGAAAGGCUUCCUAUGACGUUAAAGAAGGGACCGCAGACUGUGAAGACUGUCCUAAACCCACGCUGGAGGACGUUCGCUUAUGGGGGCAGUCGUUUGACAAGCUGAUGUGCUGCCCAGCUGGGAGGAACGCCUUCCGACAGUUUCUCCGUACUGAGUUCAGCGAGGAGAACAUGCUCUUCUGGUUAGCCUGUGAGGAAUUCAGCCAAGAGGCCAAUAAGAGUGUGGUAGAGGAGAAGGCUCGGGUCAUCUACGAGGACUACAUCUCCAUUCUCUCGCCUAAAGAGGUGAGCCUCGACUCCCGUGUGCGAGAGACCAUCAACAGGAACAUGCAGGAGCCCAACCUGCAAACGUUCGACGAUGCCCAACUUCAGAUCUACACACUAAUGCAAAGAGACUCAUAUCCCCGCUAUAUGAACUCCCCAGCCUACAAAAACCUGCUCAACACUCUGUCAGAGCAGUCCCCCGAAACUUAGGGUGGUGAUGACCUGUGAUCUUUUAACUCUCUUUAUCCCCCUCAGCCCAAAACCCCUCCUUCCUUUAACCCAUUUUUAAAAACAUUUUCUUUGUAUGUUCAGUGUAGGAUUACAUUACGGGCCUCGGGUCUGGCCCCUCCCAGGGAUAUUAGCGCUAUUGUGAUCUGCACCUGACCGAAGACACUCAGGUCUCAAAACCCGAGGGCUUGACAUCACAAGUACUGCUACAGAUCAACAUAGCAAAACACUCCAAAGGAAUAUGAUUACAUUUUGUUUCUGUUUUCUUUCUUUUGAUAGAAAUAAUCUAUUUUAUUUGUGUUCAGAGUUUUUUAUGGUCCGUUGUUUUUUUGUAUGAUUGUUUGGGGAGAAAACAAUUCCUAUUGUAGACUAUAUAUUUAUGAGUUUGUAAAUAGUAAAAAUGGAAUUGUGGGUAUUUUAUGUAGAGACGCCUGGUUCUAUUUACUGCGUAUGAAAAUCAAAGCUCAAGUCAAAGGCUACAUGUUAGCUCUACUUGCAGGCAGCUUUGUGGGGUACUGUAUGAUUCUACCUUGGUUUCCCCUUGUUUCGUUAUCUAACCUCACACUUUGGUACCUGUGACAGCGACUUGGCAACUCCAGUUCAUGUAGAAAAUGUGUGAGAGUGAAACAUCUGCAGGUGUGGUUAUCAGUGAAGUAACAGAAAAUGAGGAUAGCUCUUGUAACAGUGUGCAAUUUGUCUUCUUAAGAAACUGAAAUCAAUAAUGAAGAGUAUUUAAGCUUUCUUUAUGUAACAAUAACCAGAGAACUGCCUAUUUAAAACCGUUAUUUUGAAUUCAAGUGUUACUCACAGCACACCUUACAGGUAUACUAUAUUUUUUACCAGUGUGAUAUAAGAACUUAAGUCUUUUUAUUUACCAGAAAGAGUAUUUAUUAUUUAUUGCUCUAUUGCCAAUACAAAAAAC